UUUGGCUCGAGACCGUGUCCUGCAGGUUGUGCGCUUUGCACGCCUAACUUGCAGCGCCAGUGUGUCGCUCAUGUCCUUCCGCGAUUUUGGAGGAGGAGGCAGCGAUGCUGGCGGACACGACUGGAGGCAGCAGCCCAAGCAGCGCCGAAACGAGGACGAGUCGUCCUUCGAGCGGGGCAUCAGGGCGAACAUCCGGGAGCUGCAGGAAUGCGUCAGGGGCGCCGACGACCAGGUCGAGCACGCGAGGAAGGGGCCCUCCGGUCGAGGCCGUGGCCGAGAUAGCGCGGAGGCUAUGGUGGAGAGAGCCCAGGAACUGGCGCGGAGCACGGACCAGCUGUUCCGAGACUGGACGGUGCACCUGGCGGGGGAGCCCUUCGAGAGGCAGCGGAAGAAGUUGUCGUUCGAGAAGCUCCGCGCGGCCUUCGACGAGGAGGCCGCGCUGCUGAAGGACGUGGCGAGACGGCACGAGGCGGUGCCUGCCGACGCCAGGAGCACCCACAGCCGGGCCCGCGGCGAUGCCACCGCCCCGGAGCGCGACUUCGAGGUCGCGGGGCUGCUGGACGACUCUCCAGUCGCCGGCGGCCCUAUGCCGCACCGCGACGAGGAGGAGCGGCUGCGGACGCAGAUCGUGCAGGAGGCUGCGCUUCGCAGCCGGAUCGCGCAGGAGCGCGAGGAGGGGAUCCGACGAAUACAGGGCCAGGUCAGAGAGGUUAACCACAUAUUCCGCGACCUGGCCUCGAUGGUCACAGACCAGGGCAUGCAGUUCGAGACGAUAGAGCAGCAGGCGAGCUCCGCCUCCAUGAGCACCAGGGAGGCGGGCGAGGAGCUGAAGAGGGCCGCCGAGAGGCAGAAGAACGCCAGGGAGCGGCUGUGUUGGAUGGUCGCGGGCGUGGCGCUCCUGCUGUUUCUGCUGGUGCUGCCGAGCUUGCCCAGGAGCUUGUUGACGUCCAGCUCUCCGCAGGAGGACGUGGCGGUCAAGGCGACGGGCAUGCCGCGGGCCCCAGUCGUGCCGGAACGGUACAAGUCGGUCAGCGUCCCCGGUCUCGCCGAUGGCCAGCUGGGUCUCCUCCCGGAGGGCUCCGUGGUCGUUCACGACACGGCGCGGCUCGCGCGCUGAGGGGCGCCUGGCGGCCGCCGGCCGCUCCCAGAGGCGUCAAGUCCGCGCUCGCCGCUCCGUCUCGCCUCUCCCCGGCUCCCCGGCUCCCCGCCUCGCCGCCUCGCCGCCCCGCCCUCCGUUCCUCCCCCCCCUUCUCUUUUCGUGAUCUUGUC